AUGAACAAGCCUCGCCAUGUCAGGCAAAAGGAGGGCUGCUUACGACAGAAUGCCAGCACGGGGGCUACUGGAAUCCCAACAACUGUGACGUAUGCAUCUGUCCUGCUGGUCUGGCAGGCGAUCGCUGUGAAACCGUUGCACCAUCAGAAGGCACGACAGAAGGCGGAAUUUUGGACAUUAGCUGCGGGGACGGUGUGCAGUCUUUUGUUGGAAAAUUAUCGGCUGAUACAAACAAGCAAGAAGCAUAUUGGCUCCUGCGGUCCAAUUCCUGACGAAUAUGUCUAUUGCCAACCAAAAAAGAAGGUUGUUGCUGCGUGCAUUGAUGAGGAAGACGGACCAGCUUACUGUUGUGACGAUUGGCGUAUUCGUAAAGUCAUCUUCAAAAAAGCCAUGUGUAUGUUGACUAUGUUCCAUAAGUGUAGUUUUAGAAGUGCACUACGAAAACUGUAUCGUAGCCCGAAAUGAGGUAUUCCGCGUAAAUUAAGUAGUGUUGACGUUUUAAAAACUUGCACAGACAGGCAUAUAGCCAGAGACACACGCAUGUGCAUUCACGCUCACGUGUAUGGCAGGCGAGGUGGGACACAAAUGUUAUUCAGUGACAGUCACUUAUUCGAAUUAAUGUCUAUCAUAUAUUCCAUUUAGUGACAGUCAUUAA